UUUGUAGGUAAGAAGAGCAAUAAUGAUAUUGUAAGUCCUGCUGUCACUAGCAGUCACCUAUAACUCUGUGUCUGCAAGCACAUGAGAGAAGAAUGCCUUGCCUGUGCUACUUAUUUGACAGGACCAAAAAUAUCUGCUUAAAAUCACACAGUUUGAAUACAAGUUUCAAUCCUUUAAACCGAUGUGUAGAAAAUGACCCAUCCUACAUAGAUGCUAAUUUCAGAGCUGGUUGGUUUUAAUUACAGAAGCAGUACACUUUCUGUUUGGUGGCUUGGUGGUUUUGUUUUUUGUUUUUUUGUUUCUUUAAUUAAAGCAACAACAACAAAAAACCAACCCGAGAAUAUUAAUACCAGAUUCUGAGGCAUAUAUGAAUAUUACAGCCAGCAUCUUCCAAAAGGAGCAAAUUCAAUCCAAAAGGCUGAAACUCUGCCCUCAAGUUUGGUCUGUAGAGGGGAAGAUCUCCUAACAGCUCGCUGCUCGAGAAUAAUUAGGAUUUUUUUUAAGCUCGGAACCACGUAACUUUACCAGCGUCCCACCAAGGCAGGGAGAAAGUGCGUUUUUCUCGGGUGCACAACUGCUGGCAUUUAGAAAUGGCAGAGAAAUUGCAGCUGUCGUGCACUAGAGGGCACAGCAACAGCUCCGCCGACACGCUGAGCCCUGCCAGCCGCUCUCCCCAGUGACUGUGGGUGGGUUUGAACAAUUAUUUUUAUCAACUUUCGGUUAAUCGUUAGAUGGUUUUCUUAAAACAAAUAUCCCGUCUUAUCUCUGCGGCCCGGCGGUGUUGGUUUCUAAAGAAAAGAUUCCUGUAAAGAGCCAUAAUUACUCAUUUUCCCUCUGAAUCUGCUCACACCAUGAGAACCGGCCCGGCUGUCUGGUCCCCUAGACAAGCACAGUGCUGCAACACGUGAAGGGAAAUCCUGUCCUGGUCAUUGCGAGGGCAGACAUUGAGGAGUCUGCUACAAGAUGGCAUGUCCUAGGGCUGCAUGUAGCCCUGCCACCACUGAGAGAGUCAUAGAAUCAUUCAGGUUGGAAAAGACCUCUAAGAUCACCAAUUCCAACCCCAACUCACCCCGCCAUGCCCAUAACCACGUCCCUCAGUGCCACAUCUCAUGGCUGUUGGACACCUCCAGGGACCCAGUGACUCCAGCACCUCCUGGCAGCAGUGCCAGUGCAUCACCAACAUCAUUGUACCAGGACAAAAUAAUACUGCAAAAGCUGUGGUUGGAGCAGUGCUUUCUUUUGGUAGCCAAACUGGAAGCACUGUCUGGAGAAGAGUUAUUAUCGUGCUGCCUGGUUUUCUUGCUGUUCUGCAACUGACAAUGCAUCAUUUAUCAUGCUUUGCAUUCCAAUUUUUCUUUGCAUGUUUUCCAGCUCAUCAUAACAUAAUUACGUUUCUGUUUCUUCCAGCCAGGGGCCGAAACUUUCUUUUAGUAAGACAACAGCUGCACUGCACAACCUUGAUGAAUCCCCAUAAGGAGAAAAUGUGUCUGUGGUGCUUGUUUCUGCCUUGACAACCCAAAUGUUCAAGCUCCUUUUUUUGUGACAAAUGUUGUUUAAAAGCCCCAGAUCUUUCAUUACAUUUCUCAAAAUGAGGUUUUAUAUUGUAAUUAAGAUGUGAAAUAUUGAACACCCAGGCUGGCUUGUAAUUUUUAAGGCUUCUUUUGUAACGUUUCUUUUGGUAGUGCUUAUAGAUUCGUAAACACUGAGAUGGAAUUUUAGAGGGCUGUGAUUAUUGUUAUGGAAUUUUUUGAAUGAAUGAAAUUGGUUCUAAGCAUAUCAGCACAACCUCCAAGGAUGUGUUAUGCAUCAUAAGGGAGUUGUGGGGGCACAGGUGAGUUACUUCCUAACUUGGCCUCAGUGGCUCUGGCACAACUGGAAGAUAAAGUUAAUUAUACCGGCCUGGUCUAUGAAAUGCAUUAACUGCUGGUGAUGGAAAAUGUCAUAAAAGACACCUGGUAUUUUUAUUAUUACUUAGUGAAAUGUUCUAUUUAACUCUAGUUUGCUGCUUUGAAGCUGAGAUUUCUAAACACUUCCAGCAGGAAGGGCAUUUUUAUUUUGCAGGGGAGAAAUCAGGACAGAGAAUAGCAGGGUUCAAUACUGAAGGUGAGCUGAGGGCAGAAUCUAUUCCUAAGGGCUCCUGAUUUUAUUUACCCAAUUAUACAAUUACUAUUUCCAGUCUCAUCUCAAAAUCUAUCUGUCAGAAUCCUACAAACAACCCAAGCAGUAAAAUUUGGGUCUUAAAGAUCCUCCAAAUUUACAAGUACAGGGAGUAUCGUGUCCCGGACAAAACUUCAGCCUGGAUAACUGCAAAAUGUACCCUCUGGUUUUUGCUUUCUAUGCUGAUCUCUUGGAUGUUUUUACUGCUGCUGUACCUGUGUGAAGUUGGUUUGUAUUAGAAUAACUUUAUAGAUGGAAGCAAGAGUUUUAAUUCAUGGUCACUCCUAGUUACAUCUAUACGUACAGUGAUCUAAGGAUGCUCUUGGAUGUUUGAGCACAAAAAUGUGUGUCGGAAUGUUUCAGCUCUGUCCAUCACACUGACUGCUGAUGUAAUGGGCUGGAGGGUCUUUGGUGUUGAUGAAUCAUAUAGUCAUAGAGUCAUAGGAUCACAGAAUGGCUUGGGUUGGAAGGGAACUCAAUGAUCACGAAGCUCCAACCGCCCUGCCAAAUGCAUGGCCACCAACCUCCAAUCUAAUACUGGACCAGGCUGCCCAGGGCCCCGUUCACCCUGGCCUUGAACACCUCCAGGGACAGGGCAUCCACAACCUCUCUGGGAAACUAAUGGGAACUGUACCUCCUUGGUCAAAGCCAAAUUCAACUUCCAUCUACCAAUGUUGUGGUUUCUGGAGUGGAAAUGCUAAGUCAUGGCUUGAAGCAGUGAUUGAGCACCUGGUGGGAAGGCAGGACCAACCCAGUGGAGUUCACCUACAUGCAGUGCAAUGCACCUGAGUGACCUGAAAGGGUGGAGCCACGAUCCACCCCUUCCCAGACCUCAUUUAAAAGUUGGUAAUGGAAGCAAUGAUAUCUUGCUGGAGAUUCCUGCAUAUCUCAGGUCUUUUGAAGUCUUGUGAAAGUCUUGAAGUCUGUCUCUCUGGACUAAACUCCUAGUCUGAAUGGAUCUGUGAACACUGAAAAGGCACUGCUCCAUCCCACUGCCCAACCUAAGGGAGAUGUUGAGAAUACAGGGUAUUUCAGCACUGAAGCACUGACUAAUUUCCUUUGGGUGCAUGUGAAAGACAAAACUUGAAUAUCCCAAAACAUUCUGGAUGAAGACCUUGAAUUCCAAGGAGAUCUAAAAAGAGAAAGUUUGGCGAUUAAUCAUGGAUCAUAGGACUGAGGAGAAAAGAAAGCAACGCCAUAGCUUGACCUUACUGGAACAACUAAAAAGAAUGAAAGAAUCAUCAGAGAUAGUUGAUGUUGUGCUAGUUGCCGAAGGUCAGAAAUUUCCCUGCCAUAAGGUGGUACUAGCUGCCUUCAGUUCCUACUUCAAAGCCAUGUUUACCUGUGGCUUGGUUGAAUGCACUCAAAGAGAAGUGGUACUGUAUGACAUGUCAGCAGAGAGUGUGUCUGUAAUCCUCAAUUACAUGUACAGCGCGGAUUUGCACCUCACUAACCAGAACGUGCAGACUGUUGCUCUGGCUUCGUAUUUCAUGCAGAUGGAAGAUGUUUUCAGCUUGUGUCAAAAGUACAUGAUGGACCACAUGGAUGCUUCCAAUUGUGUGGGCAUCUACUACUUUGCAAACCAGAUUGGAGCAGAAGAUUUAUGUGAUCAAGCGAAGAGGUACUUAUAUCAGCACUUUGCUGAGGUGAGCUUACAGGAAGAAAUAUUGGAGAUAGAAGUCCAGCAGCUGUUGACUCUUAUAAAAUCAGAUGAUCUGAAUGUUUCCAGGGAGGAAAGCAUUCUGGACCUUGUCAUUAGAUGGGUGAAUCACAGCAGAAAGUCGCGUGCAGAACAUCUUAUCAAGCUCUUGAAGGAAGUGAGACUGGUACUGGUCAGCCCUUCCUUUCUCAUGGAAGCCCGCAAAAGGAACACAGUGAUUCUGUGCAAUUCAGAAUGCAAUGAUAUGUUUGAGGAAGCGUUGAAAAGCAUCAAACUAGCCUCCCACCCUUCUCUCAGCUUGAGAUAUGGCAUGGAGACUACUGAUCUCUUACUCUGCAUCGGCAACAAUUCGCUUGGCAUUAGGUCAAGACAUGGGAGCUAUGCAGAUGCCAGUUUCUGCUACGCUCCUGCAACACAAAAGACUUACUUCAUUUCCUCUCCAAAGUAUGGAGAGGGUUUAGGAAGUGUUUGCAGUGGUGUUGUCACUGAGAAUAAUGAUAUUAUUGUGGCAGGAGAGGCAAGCGCCGCCAAAAUGUCUAGACAAAAAAACAGGAACAUUGAAAUUUAUAGAUACCACCAGCGAGGAAAUCAGUUUUGGCACAGCCUGUGCACCGCUCAGUUCCGUGAACUCUAUGCACUGGGCACUGUCCAUAAUGAUCUCUAUGUGAUCGGAGGGCAAAUGAAAAUCAAAAAUCAAUAUGUGGUCACAAACUGCAUGGAGAAGUACUCCAUGGAGCAAGGUACCUGGAGAACCACAGCACCUCUGCCAGUGCCGUUAGCCUGCCAUGCAGUGGUGACAAUGAAGAACAAGCUCUACGUGCUGGGUGGCUGGACACCACAGAUGGAUCUGCCUGACGAUGAGCCGGAUCGAUUAAGUAACAGAAUGUUUCAGUACGACCCGGGCCGAGACAAAUGGGCAGAGUGUGCACCAAUGAAGUACUCCAAGUACCGCUUCAGCACAGCCGUGGUCAACAGUGAGAUUUAUGUCUUGGGAGGAAUUGGGUGCCUUGGCCGCGACAGGGGGCAGACACGGAAAUGUCUUGAUGCAGUGGAGAUUUAUAACCCUGAUGGAGACUUCUGGAGGGACGGACCUCCUAUGCCUUCCCCGCUCCUCUCCUUGCGAACAAACUCUACCUGUGCAGGCUGCGUGGAAGGCAAGCUGUACCUCUGCGGAGGAUUUCACGGAGCAGCUCGUCACGAAGUCAUCACCAAAGAGAUCCUCGAAUUAGAUACAUGGGAGAACCAGUGGAAUGUGGUGGCCGUCAAUGUCCUCAUGCACGACAGCUAUGAUGUGUGCCUUGUUGCUAGGCUGAAUCCACGGGAUCUUAUCCCUCCUCCUCCUGAUUUAGUGGACCAGUAAAUGUUCAGUGGCUCUCUGCUUCCAGAUUCUGCGGAAAGAGAAGAAUAUGGAGAGACAAAUGGGAAUAUUAAUGGAGCCAGUGGCUCCAUUCUCUCCAUUGGCUAGGUGCUGCGGAGAGAAGCUUGUACCACAAGCUUAAGCACAGAAUUGCCUUCCAAAUGUGCUUCUCAGAUGAUGCUUAAUUUGCUAGCACUGGUACUCUGGACUUCUGUGUUUGAAAGCUGAGUUUGUCAGCCUUGUCUCUUGGUCUGCCACUUGGUGUUCAAGCUGCAGUCUGGUGGUGCUUCUGGGGCCCGUGCCUUAGGAAUGGAGGCAGCCUGGGGCUCACCUUGCAGCACAGCACUAUGUUUGAAGGAAACCUCUAACCAGGAGAAACCCUCCUUUGCUGUCCAACUCACUGGGUUCUAAUCUACUGAGGGAGCUAAGAAAUAUCUGAAGUCAUCUGAUGGAAACCAAUCUGCUGUACCAAGGUGACAGAUUAAUUGGCCGAUGCAGGAGCAGAGGGAAGAUGGAGAAGAGCAUUUGUUUGUUUAAACAAAAAGAAAGCACUAGCCAAGGUUCAUUAGCCAAGUACAAUAGCUGCUGCAAACAUUAUCUAACCCACAGUCAGGGCAUCCCUUCUUUGGCAGCAGAGCUGAAGUUGUGCUGGUAGAAAAGUGGUCUUCUGGGAACAAGACACAUGUGAGUCUUCCUUUAGUAAUCCUGCACUAAAUAUGAGAAACUGCUAAAAUUUUCACAUAGAUCCUACCUGUCAUGAGGCAGAAACUUGUGUGGUCAGAUGGAGAAGGGGAUGUAAAUGAAAACAAAAUAAAUGAGAAACAGUGUUAGCUCUGCAUCUACAGAGAAAGGAUAAAAGCACCAGGCAUUUAGAGUUUAUGUAAACUAGUUGGUUUUGUAGAAGUAGCUUUAAUGAAAUAACAUCAGGCAAAUUCUGCACCAAUGGAGUUGGCUAUAAUUGCAGUGAAGAGGAGUAAUUCAAACUGUUUCUUAAAGCAGUGCUGGCCUUUCUGGGGCUUGAAGGCAGUGGCUUAGAAAAUUGUUACCAGUACAGCUGUCUUAUUUGAGCUACCAAUAACUGUUCAUCAUCCCCUGAUGCCUGCAUCACAGAAUACAUGUGAGUGAUUGCCUGGGCUGUGUGGACAGGAGAACUGGGAAUUUCUGUUGUGUUCUGGGGCUGAAACUGCAAAUGACUGUAUGCUGCAACAGACAGUGAAUGACAGAGGCAAACGCUGUAAGAGUAAGCUAGAACAUAGCAGAAGAACCAUCACAGUCAGCAAAAAGUUGUUUGUUAUGCUUACAGAAACAGUAAAAAAAACUGGAAGGAAAUAACUGGCAAAUUAAUGAGGAAAUCCAUCAGGUGGUCACUUGCAGGAUUUGCACUUCAGAGCACCUCCAUUUUCUUUUACAAUCACACAUUAGGCUACAAAAAUGAUAGCAUUUUUUUUCUUUUUUUUUUUUCAUUGCAAUGCUUAUUGCAGGGGGAGGUGGAGAGGAUGACCCAAAAGCCUUUCCCCAGUCCCGACUUUUCUGAUUCAUGAUCUAUUCUUUAAGAUAUCCAAUGGGAAUAUUAAUCUGUCAUAUAAAAACAAUUAGCAGGAAGGUCACUGGAGUUCACUUGAUAACAGUUAUCACAUGCUGAAGACUGCUCAGACAAUAAGGGAGUUGGUGGGAGGAACUGAGGAAAACAUCCAGAAAAGAAGUAUGUGAGCCAAAAAACUGAUCUCUUUUCUUCUUUUGUUUCCUGGGCAGAAUGAGUGUCUCAGCCUAAACGCAGACAUUUGUGUUUGUAGCAGUUCCACAUCAUCCAGACGCUCUAUUUUUCUUUGUUGACACGGGGGUUGUUAUCUGUCCAGAGGAGAGCUGUGACAAGCGAGUCUCAACCAUUCCGGCCACAAAACACAGUUGCAGAUACAAGACUAAGGAGGUGAAAAAAGAAUCUAUUUAAAUAUGUUUUUAAACAAAAGCAAUAGAUUGUUUUCCCACUAACCAGGCAAUAUUGGAAUUUUUUUAAACUUUAGGUACUCCUGUGAAGUAUAGGCAAUGAUUUCCCUGCAGAGUUCUCAAGCCAGCAGGAAGCAAUGCUUGAGGAGCAGCUCUCAGCCAAAAUACUGAGUGUUUCCUUGUGAUUACAACAAAUUCUCAUACAGUACCUACAGAUACACUAUCACUUUUUUUGGUUUUCUUCAUGCACCACUGGAAAGCCAUUUGCCCUUGCGUGCACAGAGCAUUUCUUUUCUUCUGCAUGCCUGGUCUGGCUGUUGACAGGACUCAGUGUCUCUCGGUUUCUGCCUAACAGACCAGCUAUAUAUCCAGCAGGGAGUUGUUUUCUUCUUGUUUAAAUGUCUAGAACAAAAGAACAGUCAGACUAAUGUAGAUUCCAACUUCAAAACAUUGUGUGGACUCCACUUAGUUCAUUGUUUGCCCCUGGGGCGACUACAAUUUCUAAGUUGGAAAGGAAAGCUUGAGGGAAGGAAGGAAGAAACUGAAAGCAUGUUUAUUGAGAGGUACCAAUAUUAGCCAAAAUCCCUCCAAGAGUAUGUGAAUGUUGCAUGUCUGAUACGUUCAUGGGUAAUCUCACAUUCCUGGGAAAGCCCUUAAGAGCCUUAAUUUCUUCUACUAUGAAUCCUAAUGCUAGAAUAUUAUAGAAUAUGCAUUCUCCAAGCUUGCGUGCUUCACUGAAAUAAUAGUUUACUUCAGCCACUUUCCGGCUGAGCAGCAGUUAGCUGAGCCUUUAAUCAAGGCUGCCUUGACAUCAUCCAUAAUUCUAAAAUGUGAACAAAGCAGUGCUGGCAAGCUAUGGGCUGUGGGAAUGAAUGGGGGGAUUAUUAAGCAAAGACAUGUGCUUCAGUUUCACUUGAAACACAGUACAUCACUAGUUGCCAACUAGAAUAAAAAAUAUUGGAGAGGUUACUGGUCACAUGGUGCAUGGGGAGUAAAGAAGAAAAUGAAAAGCUAUGAAAAGCUUAAUGGAUCCAAGUUGAGGGAGGGAAGAUUUAGGUUGGAUGUUAGGGGGAAGUUCUUUACAAGGAGAGUGGUUAGGCCCUGGAACGGGCUGCCCAGGGAGGUUGUGGAUGCCCCGUCCUUGGACGUGUUCAAGGCCAGGUUGGAUGGGGUCCUGGGCAACCUGAUCUGAAUGUGGAUGUUUGGUGGCCCUGCUAGGCAGGGGGGUUGGAACUACAUGAUCCUUGAGGUCCCUUCCAACCCGGGUGAUUCUGUGAAAAGCGAAUUGAAGCUCUCCCAUUAGUGUUUUAUCUUGACAUUGUCAGUGCAUAGCUCAUUUCAUAAGGAUCCCCAUGGGUCUCUGAUUUCUGUUUUCACCCAUCAGGUCACAAGAGCUGCCUGCACAUGUGAACCCUCAGGCACCUGACUGUGCGUACUCGCAUGCCACUACCGUGAUGGCUUGUGGCUCAGUCACUGCCUGUGCAAGGCAAACACACGCACAAUUUCCUAUGUGCAACACUGAAAUGUAUGGGGAAGGUUCUGGAUUGGGUUCCAGCUGUAUUCUGCCAUUCGGGAUGCCUCAGCUUGUCAGCAGAAAAUUGCCUCGAUGCUUACAAAGCUGUUGGAUACUGCACUCCCAGGUAUGUUCCAGGCAACAGGCUGAGGGAGAUUAAAACUGAGCCCCCAGCAAUGGAACUUAGAGCUGCUCCCAGAUCGUUAUGCACAGAGGAGCCAAGGUGGGUGCAAUGAUGCUCCCAUCACUUCCCAGGAAGAAUUCAAGAUGUAAAAGGAUUGUGCCCUGGAUCUUAAUCUUACUCUUUUCCUCUACUCUAAGUGUGUAUUGAGAUUCUUGAUCAUCCGAAAAGCAAUGAAAGCAAAUGUUACAAUAAUACAUAUAAGUAUAUAAAAUUGUAAAGUAUAUUUAUGCAGGUCUGUAUUGUUUUUCUGCUGAUCUGGAAGUCUUUUAAUACGGAUUUACCAGUGAUUACUAUCUAAGCUGUGGCAACGAGGUUUCUUUCAUAGGCUGCUCUCCUAAUGGAUUAUGGAGCUCCUCUGAAAAUUCAUUUCAUGAAUCAUAAUGCUUUGAAUCCCCAGGUCAGAAUUUCAGCUGCUCUUUGUGCAUUUCUGUGGCUCUCCCUACAGCUUUUCAAGUGGACUGUAGCUGUAGCUUCAAAGAAAAGCUAUUUCACCCCCAGUUGUGCUCAGCUGGAACUGGUACGUUUGCAAUUUGCAAUCAUUUGACGUGUUGAGGUUGAAAGCAAAGGAAAUACUGGAAAAUGGAGAAAAUAUACACUGAGCCUAUACAGAAGUACACUUCCUUCCUUUCCAUGUGCUUACUGCUCUGCCUGGGUGUCUGAUGGAAAGAUUUAAUAACAACCCCUGACUGCAGCCAUGGCAAAGGCCAUGCUGGGUUAUGCGUUUGUACUGCUGGAGCAGAGAGCACGGUGCUGAGCUGUGCUGCCUUGCCAGAAGAAAUUACCUUCAAACAGAAAUGUGUUUAAGUGUUCCAUGAUGUAUACCUGUAUGCAUUUUCUAUACAUAUGUAUAACAUUAUUUUUGGAAGUUCUUUACUGAGAGCAGCAGAAUCCCUUUUUAACACCUACCUGGUAACCUGUCUUCUGUAUAGCUAAUCAAAAUACUUCAAAUAAAGUGCUGUUCUUUAAAAACAUGAAA